CUCCAGUCUUUUUCGGUCGGUGACGCAGGGAUUCUAUCCCUGGUGGAUACUGUGUCUACAGGCGGCAAUGGUCCGACUUUUACCAAUCCGCUUUCAACGGGGGAAGUGACGGGCAUAAAUGUAAGUCACCGGUGCGCUAUCUAAUAAGCUCACAUCUUAAAGCUGUAAUAUCUUAAGUUUGGAUCUCCUAACUGCUCUUUUGUUGCCACCGUUCCCGAUGAUCCCCUUCACUUUGAAACAGAUUCCCCGAUAAUCGCCUUCCCGUUGGCCCCAAUGCACCGUCUAACCCGCACAUGUUCCUCGAACACAAUGGAGAGGUUUUUGUUCCCGACUUGGGUGCAGACAAAAUCUGGCGAAUCGUAAAUGACGGUGCACCCGGCAAGUUCAGAGUCCAGGGCCAAAUAGAUGUCGAUGCAGGUGCUGGACCACGGCACAUUGUUAUUCAUGAUGGCAUUCUUUUUACAGUGCAUGAAAAGACUUCCACAUUGACUGCUCAACGUAUACCCGAGGCGCCUAACGGUACCACCCUGCCUCUUCUUGCUAAUGUUUCUGUUGUGCCGGCCAAUCCCCUUGAAGGGACUUCCUUCGCGGCGGCUGAAAUCCUCAUUCCCACUCCGACAGAACGUUUUCCAUCACCGCUAAUAUACGUGAGUAACCGAAAUAUCGGGACGACCAUCGAUCCUGCAGGUGACACAAUCGCCAUCUUCCAGUUCAAUAACGGGACGAGCGCUGAUCCAACGUAUACGGCGAGUACCAAGCAGCGGAUGAAGCGCAUUAACGGGAUCAUUAAGCGAGACACAGAACCUCUAGAGCUGUUGGCCCAGGUACCUACCGGACUACAACAGAUCCGGAGUAUGAGUCUCGGCAAAGUCGAAGAUGGCGGGGAUGAAAUUAUCAUCGCGGGCGCUAAUACUGUUGGUGGUGUCGUUAUAUUGCAACGAGUAGAAGAAGGCCGUAAUUUGGUAGAGGUCGCCCGGAAUGAAGAUAUCGCAAACAGGACGAGUUUCAUUUUCCUUUAAUUUCGUUUCUGGGGACACUCUCAAGCUGGACACUCAUUUGUAGACUUUCCAUUCAUUAAUGUGUAUAGAUAAAUGAGCUUCGAAACGUUGAAGCUUCAAAACUUCAUGAAUAAGGGACUUCGAAUUCGAGGCUUCACACUGUUUCAUAGAAGAAGUCUGGUCCUAGGCCGCAGGACGCACCACGAGGCUUGAACCUGACUCUGACCGCGAAGCUUUCUCUGUGACAGUAGCUGGGU